AUGAUUUGUAGGGUACGAUCGGCCACUGCAGGGGGUCCGCAGGACGGGUUGCAACUGUUGAGCGUGAAACCAAGCCCUUCGCCUUUCUUCGCCUCCUUCGUCUUUAGCACGGAGAAGGGGGGAAACAGGGUUCUGCUGAUGCUCACUGGCUAUAUCCAGAAGUUGUCUGAGUUCCAUCGAGUGAUUUCGAGCCGGUUGCACGUGGCAUGCUUGACGGUGCACGAGCGCCUGCACGAUCGGACGGCGGGAGGACCUUACUACACGUCGAAGGCGUUAUGCUUGGUUUCCCUCUUCCCCUGUUUGGAGCUUCUGAGAAGCUUGCUCUCCGAUGUCCUGCUGGCAGCCCGCUUGGAUGACCACGAAGUGGCCAAAUCAGUUGAUGUACCCUUCGAGCGGCUUGUGCCACGUGUUCUAAUGCAGAUCUUCUAUGAGUUGCCCCUGCCGCAGACUCGCCACAGCAUGGUGAGCCUCACCGCAGGUCUGAGGGAGGUGAACCUUUUAGAUCCCGAUGGCUUGACGCGGGACUUCUCCUUUCGACCACUGGUCGCCUUCCUCUCCGUCACCAGGUUGUCGCAGCUCUUUGUGCUCACAUUGCAAGAGAGGAAGGUUGUCUUGAGCUCGCAGCAGCUAUGCCCAGCGCUACUGGUGGUGAUCUUGGAAGCCUUGCGGGCCUUGCUGUUCCCGUUGGAAUGGGAGCACACCUACCUGCCCAUUUUGCCCAACUCCUUCCGCUGGGCUUUGGAAAGUCCGGCCCCCUUUCUGAUGGGCGUCUCGGGGUCGCCCAUUGCUUCAGCGGAGUUGCCGGAGGAUGUGGUGGUUUUCGACUUAGACACUGGCAAAACCCUGCCUGAAAAGAUGCAGGUCACAGUGCCACAGAUCAUCGAACAGCCCUUGGCCCGCCUGCGGAAUGCGCAUCAGUGGGAGCAACGGCCGGCCAACAAGGGCUACUGGGCGAAGUACGACCACAUUCGCCUCGGACGUCCAGAGGUCUCUGGGGAUGCUGAGACGCCUUCUCCAGAGUCGCCGCGCGGACGGACCCUGCGGCACAGGCGAAGCCAUUCUUCCACCAGCGCUGAAAGCGGAGAUGACAGCGACGGCUUGCUCUCCAUCCAAAGCUCCAACCUGCUGUCGGGUGCCAUGGGACCUGCUUGGACAGAGGAGCAGGAGCGAGGCUUCCGACAAAAGGUUACAGCCAUUUUUCUGGAGGCCAUGGUGCUUCUCCUCCACCGGUGUCCUGAGCUUUCGCAGAAAGUUCAAGACACGCCGGAGUCGCCAACCAAGUCCAAGGCUGGAGGGGGACGGCCCUGGUUCAGCAUCAUAAAGCGUAUGGAUGCGGAUGCAGAGAAAGCGUUAUUGGAGGAGCUUGCAGCUGAUGGGAUUGAGGUGCGCCGGAGCAACGCCUGGGAACGCUUCAUGGCGUUGCCCUCCAACAGCCCCAGGCGUCAACUGUUUGACCAAGCGAUACGCCUCUAUAGCUUCUGGUCCCAAGAGCCAGCGGAAAGUCGCAAACCCUUGGACCACCACCUGCGCGACUGGGUCACACGAGGGGCCAACUGA